AUGACUUUCACGGCUGUGUCCAUUGUGAUGUCGACUCUCCUUGCGUCUCCGAGGGUAGAGGCGCUUGUGCCUUCAUUCGCUGGACCAGGUCGAGGCGUCAGCAUGGUGAGCGCCUUGAUCCCCUCGCAGGGCAGGGCAGCAAACAGCAUCCCCUCCACCACCGCCGCCGGCACGCCGACGGGCCCGGCCCGAGUCUUCGACGGGUCGCGCGGCCACCCGAAACGUUCACCAACAGGCACUGCUGCGGCUGCCCCCCCCCCCGGAGAUGCCGAUGACGCUCGCCGAGAGCAGCAGCACCACCCCGCAUCGGCGGUAUACUUUACCGACGACGACGACGGCCUCGCCAAACCCUCACAGCUUCCGGGCUCCCUGUACGACCAACGAGAUCUAUCCGCGGGCCCCCCAGAGCCCGGCGGCGGCGUCGACCACCGCCACCGCGCCCAGCAGCUUGAGUCCUCCCAGCGUAGCGGCGCCUUGCCGGCGGCCUACCACCGUCCCUGGCGGCAGCGCGCCCGCGACGCGAGACGCCAGACGGUUUUCGAGAACAACCCGGAGGAGGGCUUUGGGGCCGAGGAGGGCGGGGGGGGUAGCCUGGUGGGCGCUAGGAUGAGGCGGGCUUCGGAGAAGGAGGAGGUUGUGGCGUCGCGGAGGGACUCCCAGCAGAAGGCCAUCAACAGGGCGGCGCUACCCAUCGUGGAUCUCGUGGGCCUUGUCUCGCCGCUUGUUCUGAUCGCGGGGAUGACCAUGGUGCACAUCGUGCCGUGAAGUUAAAAAACUUGUUGCGUUGAGUGCCUCAAGAAGCAGAGGGCUGGUUUGUCUUUGACUUAUGCUGCUAAACAAGUAACGGAGUCGGUCGGUGGCGUGUGAUAACUGCAUGGAUGGAUGACACCGUGGGAAGUGGUGCUUUUCGUGGGGGUUUGGUGUGUGCGUGCAUAUAUCGGCGCAACAGUGGUAUUCUUGGGCGCAAUUUUGACACGAGAAGCUGAAAAGGUUGGAUACCAGAGCUACUACACGAAACGGCUACUACGCCCUGGUGUAGUAUCUCCUCCUGGAGGUGAUGUAGCGGUAUAGGUACAGGGGGUUGGUCUUCCAUGGAACGAGACAAGGCGACCCGUUUGUAUGACGGAAGAGUAUGUCCGCGGGAUACCCGCGGCGGUGUGGAACGUGCUCUUUUGCUGUUUUUUGUUGUUGUUGUGAUGAUGUCGUCCGUCCCUCGUGCUGUUUUUCGCAAUUUUCUGGUUGUUUUGUUGAGGUCCGUCUCCCGCGCUGUUUCAAAAUUUUGUGUUUGUUGUAAGACUCUUAUGUACUUGUAGUGGUGUCCGUCAAUGAUGUUUCAUGUCGGGGGUGAGGGACGGACCGUCCGUGACGGAGGCUAGCAAUAGCGGGCGUUGGCAAAGGUUGUGCUAUUUGGCUUUGUAUCGGGUGAUGAGUGGUUUGUAACGCCUCUAGGCCAAAGUAGAUGGCCCAAGUUUUGUUUUAUGGAAAUCGAUUUUGGAUAUGUUGACGUUGUGGUCCCCAAGGGUAUUUGGGGGUUUGUCUUUGCAUAUGCUGUUUCUCUCAUACUAUUAGUGAUGGGGCAGACUCCAUAAGGGUCUCUGCCGCAGUACCAACGUUGGACGGAGGAUUUGGAUGUAAAAUUGACGGAGGCUUCGAUGGCCGCAAUUUUGAGAUUUUCGAAAAGAAAAAAGACAGGGAGAAGGUUUGGAGUAUCUCUGGGCAGCACGGGGUAGUUGCUGCGUCUUGUAUGUCUUGGCUUGAUUGCGGCAGUCACACAGUGGUGGGCACCAACGUGUGGGUUGGGUGUUGCGCCCAUGUAGGUGAAAGACUGCUCUCUGGUUUUUCGUGCUGCUUUGAUCAUAUGUAUACAGCUGGUGGGUGGUUUUCGUGGGAUGACGUGAAGUGUGUGUGGGUGUGUGUUGCGUGCGUUGCGUAUGUAUGUAUGUGUUGUUCGGGUCGAGAGGCAAUGCGAGCUCCUCGGCGUGUCUACCGAAUUGCGUCGUGAUCAUGUCUCGAUUGUUAUUUUCCUUUUCUUCUAGCCUACACACCACAUGCUUCCUUGUUCUUGGGGUGUUUUUGAUACUGCUGGCUGACUUCCUCCCGCCUUGGGGGGGGGAAGAAGAGGCAACGUUGGCGACGGUCUUGGAUGGGGGGGAGGGGGGGGGGGUAUAGGUGGAUGCUGCUCUACAGCUCCAUCAUGCAUAUUAUUUCGUUGUUUCCUUGGUUUGGAAUGUUUGGGUUUGGGGGAUGUGUGACUUGCGCUUUCCGCCCCCCGGGGCGUGAGGCGGACUUGGUUGCGGCCUUGUGUUGCGUGUCUUGCUUGAUGGAAGUAGCCUACGUCCUUAUUGUUGUCGUCUAUAAUAGCUUCUCUGCAAUGAUGGCGGAAGUUUGUUGUUGCACAGUAUUUUUUUAUGUUUUUUCAGUUUUUGCGGUGAAAACAGUAUUCUAAUCUCUUGGUCGAAUUUUGCUCAAGGAAAGGAGGAGAACGUUGUUGGGAAAUCUGAUCGUGUGGUGGUGUUUCGUGUACAGCGAGUGGAUAACUUCCGUCGUUUCCCAUGUGUGUGUGUACGGUUUCCGUUUCGAUCAAGAAUGGGUGGAGGAGAAACAGCUCGCGUGCUGGUGCAAAUUUUGAUAGUCUCAAUUGUGUGUGCGUACGGUUUCGGUUUCGAUCAAGAAUUGGUGGAGGAGAACCAGCUCGCGUGCUGGUGCAAAUUUUGAUAUUUUCGAAUGAAUGUUGGGGACAGGAUGCUGGGCGUAUGAAGAAUGUGGAAGCGUGAAGCGAGAAGGGAGGAAGGAGUGGAAAGGUUUGAUUGCAAGGUUUGGUUGGAAGGAGGGAAUCGGUGCUGCACGAUACUAUGCACAUCCGGCGCGGUGCGGCAGAGACGUGUUCGCGGGAGGAACGCUUCGUUUGUUCGGAGUUAAAUCAAUUGAAGGAAGUGGACGGGGUUGACAGCUUGGUGGGGCAAGCGAGGAAAAGCCCCAAUGUUGCCGUAAAUCGAUUGUGUCAUGACGCUGCUAGCGUCAAGGCAACUGGCCAAGGCCAUGCUUGCCCUUUUUUAGCCAGUACGAAUGCUGCUCUCACGUCCGUGCGGCCAUGGGUGCGAGCUGCCUCCCACAACCGACGUUGCAUCUAAGCUGAUUUACGAAAAUAUAUUUCUGUCUGCUGCAGCCGUGGGUGCAGGCACGAACGUGGACCAUCCCUUCCUCACCGCGCACGAAACUCCCAAGAGUCAAUUAACACCACGAGAAACCAAGCAAGCUUUCUUCACUGACAGAAAAUAAGUCAACACUACUUGCUGUACACCAUGCAACAGGAAACUCAUCAGCCAGCCAACUCAGUCAUCCAAGAUAAACGGAGCGUUCCGCCUCAUUGAUCGACAAAGCCGUGACGCGGGAUUUGAACCCUUGCCACAACGUCGUUCUGUCGUUCACAUUCAUUCCCGACAGUGCAGUCCCUCCCCCUCUCCUUCUCAACCUC